UUUUUGUUGUUUAAUUUGGAGGAAGAAGAGAAGAAAGAAGAAGCAGAAGAAAGAAAGAAGAUGCCACUCGGAAAAUAUUACUGCGACUACUGCGAGAAGCAAUUCCAAGACACUCCGUUUGCUCGAAAGCGCCAUCUUCAAAGCCUCUCCCAUCACAAGGCCAAAGCUCUCUGGUUCGACUCCUUCAGAGACUCCAAUCAACCUCUCUCUCAUGCCUUUCCAACACGCCUCUCUAACCGAUUCCUCACUACGGGCUUUUGCCACUACGGUGAUUCUUGCAACUAUUUUCACUCCAACAACAAUCCGCAGUACUCCAGUUCGCACCCGAUUGCAGGUUUUCCGGAGAAUAAUCAAGCCCCAAAUGUUCCGGUGAACCAAUUCAUGGAGGGCAGUUCGUUGACAGGUAGUUUAGAUAGAUUGAGAACAUCAUGGGGAAAUUUACCUCCAUCAUUGAUGCCUCCUCCAGAGGGUGGUUACCCACCUCUCCCUUUUGUAGAUUGGGGAUAAUCCACGAAUCAGUUACUGCAUUUAGUUGCACCACUUAUGUGGAGAUUAUGGUGCUCUAAACUCGUUCGAGAUCGGCACUGACAUAAUGUAAUAUGAGGAGAGUUAAUGAAGCAAAUAAAAGAACACCUAAUUCCAAGA